GGGCUACGGCUGCUGCUGUCCUGUCACAAGGCCAAUAGAUGGAGUGAGCAGAAGUUUCGGAACUGCCUUACUAAUUGGCUUAAGAAGAGAAGGAAGCCGUUGCGUAGGUGCUGUGGUGCCGGGAGAAGGAAGCUUAGCCGUUAAGAGAUGGAGCGGGUGAAGCAAGGAGCAAGUGCCCAUCAGCCGCGUGCCGGAUGGUCUCGGUUCGUUAUACUAGCAUUUAUGUUGCGCUUUGCCUGGGCUGUGCCUGGACCCGUUCCACCACCUGGCUGCCACGUUGGAUCUUGGGUAUGCUGCAUGGAGCUACGUGGACACGACAUGUGCGGGCGUUUGUCUUGUUGAGCUGGCAGGCCGAGUCCAGCGGACAAGCAGGCUUCCGAUGCCAUCAGCAAAAUCCCACAUUUCUGGGUCGCUUGUGAUGGAGUCUUCAACUAAUUAAUCAACGCGCUUCCACAGUACUCCUACUACAAGUACUCUAUAGACUGCACACCUCUCUUCCAAAUCGCGUAUAGAAGUCUUCGAGCCCCACAGCCAUAAGCCCAAAUUCUCUAUUCAUUCUUUCGUUUCAUUCAUUCGUUCAUCCUUGAUCAAUCGGCAGCGAUUAUAUAUCUGUAUUCCUCAUAUCCGAUCCAUCUGUUCAUCGUCCGGCACCCCAUCGAUCCGAGGCAGCAGCAGGAGCAGGUGAUCAAUCGUCUUCUGUUCGGCAGCCAUGGAGGCGGCAGCAAGAGGAGGAGAAGCUCACACCGUCGACACAUCAGCGUUUCCUCCCGCCUUCUUCUCUGGCAGCGACCACCAGGACGCGGCCGCCGCGUUGCCGGCUCGCGUCGCCGGCGCCGUCGUCCGCGGCAUCAUCACCUUCGUCUUCGCCACAGUUGGGACGAUUCUGGGGGCCAUAACGGGCGGGCUGAUCGGGCUAGCGACGGAGAGCGGGUUGGUGCGCGGAGCAGGCAUCGGCGCCAUCUCCGGCGCGGUGGUGGCCAUGGAGGUCGUCGACAGGUGCCUGGCCAUCUGGCGCUCCGACCAGUCCGCCAUCUGGAGCGUCCUAUACGUCCUGGACGUGAUCUGGAGCCUGCUGACGGGGCGGCUGGUGCGGGAGAAGGUGGACCCGGCGGUGCAGAGCGCCGUGGACAGCCAGAUGACCGCAGCGGGCUUCGGCGACGACGCCGGCCCGCCGACGCUGUCGGAGAUGUUCGACGCGGCGUCCUUCAAGGGCAUGGCCGCCGAUGCCAUCGCCGAUCUCCCCGCCAUGACCUUCACCGAUGCCGACGCCGCCUGCUGCUGCUCCGUGUGCCUGCAUGACAUGGAGGCCGGCGAGACGGCGCGGCGGCUGCCGGACUGCGGCCACACGUUCCACCUCGCCUGCAUCGACGGCUGGCUCUGCCGCCACGCGUCGUGCCCGCUCUGCCGCCGCGCCGUGUAGAGCCUCCGGCUUAAUUCGCGUGUCCGGCCGGCCGGCCGACCGGGGUCGAUCGGUAGGAUAUGCGUGCGUGCACACGUGUGGUGAUUAGCCCGUGCACACGUACGUAAGCUAGUUAAUUAGCUAGCCUUGGCUUAUAGCUGGGCUGAGAGAGACUGACAUAACGACAUGUACAUGUACCCACACACGUUUGUUCUUUCAUACCUUCUUGGUUGAUUCUUUUUCCUUGGUUUUGGUUCUGGAUUUGUAGCAGAUAUUUGUGUAUAUACAUGUGUAAAGAAAAUUAACCAUGUGUCUAGCACUGGGUUAUUGUAUUUUUUGGGGUUA